AUGUCCCAUACAUCAGUGUCGACCUACGAAAUCGACUUCUGGAAAUUUGUCAGUUGCUCUCAAUGCCAUUUGCCAUUUCCUGCAAAGGCUGGGGCCCCUUCUGUCCCAUUUUGGCUUGCAGAAUGUGGAUAUGUAAUAUGCAAUAACCAUCUCAAUGCUGACCAGAGCUGUGCUCAAUGUGCGGAGCAGGGCAUUCAGUUGAUGCCUUUGCAACGGGAUAUGGAGCUGCCCAUGUUGGACUGGUUCAGAUCAGCACCUUCAGCACUGGAUAGCAUCACCUUUGCCACCAGAUUCCAGAUGGAUACGCUCGCUUCGCUUGUCCAACAUUAUAAGGAGAAGUCUAGCCAUCAAAAAUCACUUUUGACACAGCUCAUGAAAGAACACAACAAUCUGAGAAGGUACCACUCAUGCAUGACGGUUGAGGACCUACAGACAGAGAAUGAGCAGUUACGACAUUCUGCUCAAUAUGAGCAUGGGACAUCUUCAGAUAUCAGAAAUGACAACGGAAAGCGGCAGAUGCUCGACAGCCACCACCUUUGGGUCACUUAUCGCAGCAGCCAUCCAAAUGGAGCUGAAACUCGCUCGAGUCCAUUGUCCAUCAUUGGUCGUUACCGACUCACUCUUCCACCGGACCACCAGCAGCCUACCUGUCACAGUUUUACCUGA